ACGAACGAAAAGGAUCCUUCGACUCGAUUAGCUGUCGAGGGAUAUCACGAUAAAAGAAGCCAUGGAAAGAUCCCCACUACUGUCUCCACUGCAAACUGCCUCCAGUCAGCUCAAGUCGUCUCGUAUCCACUCAACUGUCAGUUCGCCUGGAGGUAUUCAACAUCUACGUUCGUCCUCACGCUCACCGCCACCACCGACCAAACCAAGGUCCGAGAGUCAUGAUCGCUCAUACUCUGGUCCAAGUAGGAAAUAUUAUGAAAGAAGUCGCUCACAGGAGAGAGAUGAACGAAACCGACCAAGAGACUUCUCAAACUCAGAUAGGAGGAGACCCCCGAGGAGCGGGACUAUUGGCCAUCCGAACAGGAAUGGACCAGAUGGUCCACCACCGUCCGAGAUGGGCUUCCAGGAGUCUCCUCGGUUGAAAUAUCCGGAACGGUUUCCAUCUCGUGACGCUCGGUUUAGAUCAUCGGAGAGCUUAAAGAAUAGCCCGGGCAUGGCCGAUCAUGCAGCACAGUCAUCAGUAUCAUCAAGACACUUUGGAUCUAGUUCAGCGGCAAACAACUCGUCAAUAUCACAUCUUCGAGAUUUCAGUCCCCCACCAAAUUACAAAGGGUCAUCAAACGAGGCCAACCAUGGCGGACGAUCAAUGGAGUAUUUUGGCCCAAACUCUCCUGGAAUGGGACCCACCAUUGGGCUAGGACUGGGGCCAGCUCGAUAUAUGGACCGGGACGACUGGAGAGGGCGGCUGAGCCAUUUUCCCCGAGAGUUCGACAGGGACAGGGAUUUCAGAAACAGAGAUAUCCGUCAGGACAUUCGAGAUAUGCGUGAUCCUAGACCUCCUAGGGACCCAAGAGAUAUCCGGGACAUGCGCGAUAUGCCUCUACGAGAGCGGGACUUGAGAGAUCGCGAUAUGCUUUACUCGAGGGAAGCCGACUACCGAGAUCGUGAUCCCAGGGAACGUGAUCUUCGGGAACUUGGAAUCACCACUCGAGAGCUGCGCGAUAGGGACGGCAGAGAUAGGGAUCUACGUGACCGAGGGCUCUGGAAUUCCGAUGCCAAAGGACGCGAUUCUUUCUCAGGACGAGAAGGCGGCGACCUGGAUGUGCGUGAGCUGGUAGAGCGGGAACGUGAACGAGAACGAGAACGCGAGCGGGAGCGAGAGCGAGAUCGUGAUAGAGUUCGUGAGCGUCCGAUAUGGCUCCGCGAAUCGGAUAAAGAUCAUGAUGGCCCUAUACCAACGCGCCCUGCUUUCGACCAAAAUAGCCGCGAACGGGAAAGGGAGCGGGAGCGAGGGUCGAACGCACGUUCAAUGGCGACUGUCCAGGAUCUCGACCGGGAUUUGUUGGCGUAUACUUUGGACAAGUCUCGACAGUCCGUUGGGAAAGUAGGAGACACGCUUGGCAGUGAGCGCGCUCCCACAAAAUCAGUAAAUGUAAAUGAUUUUGGCCCGUCCUCUUCUCACUCACAAAAUUCUCGGGAAUCGAGACAGGCUGAGGACGAUACCACAAAGGAUGGCGAUUCUACAGGAGAACGGAGUCGUUACCAUGUAGAAGACAUUAGCCGAGAGCUUACUGCCAGAGGCAAGGAUCAAGUGCGGGAUCGAGAGCGCGACACUUACAAUCGUCUCGACGGAGCUGGCCCUCAGUCGGACAUGGAUAGUCGGUCGUGGCACGCUGGCGAUAGCAGGAGGCAAAGGGUCCCUAGUGCUCCCACGUCGGAAGAUGCUAGCCAUAACGAAUCAGUUGGAGCGCAUUCUCGGGAACAUCAUGUCACAAAAGACCAUCCUAGUGUCGCUUUUGCGUCUGCAGACCUGGACAUUAAGCAACCGGGCAGAUUGGAUGGUACAGUUGGACUGGAGUCUGAGCUGGGCAACAAGAAGGACAAGCACAUCAACAUUACAAUGAGCGACAAUCAGGAGAUAUCAUCUUGUUCAGGGCAAACCGACAGCAGCAAUGCGGGCAACGACAGUAGCAUCACAGCAAACUCAGCAGCAUAUACCUCGCCCCAUAUUGAAGGCCCAAAGCCAGAACCCGUAGCGACGCAGGUACACGCGGCAGAAAUGGCAGAAUCUAAUCAGCCUCCCGAUACUGAUGUUGGCGACGAUGUUGUUGUUGAUAUGGUGACAGCAGACAGCAGUAAUAAGGACAUCUCAGUUUCGAUCACGCCUGCCAAAGUCAGCAAUACCGAGAAGGAUACUGAUGCCAAAGCAGGAAGUGAGGAAACUGGUGGAAUGGUAACACAGGAAGAGUCUGUCGCUGUCAGCACGCCACUAGCGCCAAAGGAGGAUCUCACUGAUGCUCGAACCGCAGACACCAACCCGUCAACGGAUGAAUUAGUUGUCGCGAAGGAUGCAAACGACACCAAGGCGACAAGGAGCCCACCCACGGGAUCUCUCUUGUCAUCAGGGUUGUCGUCUGCUCAAGCUAACGCGGACAGCAACAUUUCCAUAGAGGAGGAGAUUGGGCUCGAGAACCACGCCAACAUUCUAGUCGAGAUCGACAAGAUUGAUGGGCAAAUUCAACAUCUCGAGGGACUCUUGACGGAGCAUAGACGCCACAAGGACGAGCAGCCUCAAGUCGGGACCGAGGUGACAGUUACUGUUGAUCUCAAUGAGGACGACGAUGUAUCGAUUGACAUCGAACAGCCGGAUACGAAGUCAACUGCAGAUGUGGCGGAUGAGACUGUGAUGGAUAUUGACGAUACCACAACGGAUCUGCCCAACAAGGCUAGUCAUGACAACUCCAAGGACGAGGACUCUCUCAUGGAUGGUGGCAGGGAUGCACCCAGCCCUGCUCACGUCGUUCCGGACAGAGAUAUGGAGGACUCGAAGUUAGAUGUCAUCGACAGCGAGGACAUUGACACGAAUGUAUCGGAUACAGAAGUAGGAAAGGAGAAACGUCGACAGAUCGUACAGCAAUUUUCCCGGCAUGAGCUCCAGCAUCCUGUUGAUGAGGACGACCCGUACUACAAGAGAAAGGGGCAGCAGACGCGUCGGCCUCAGCUCUAUGAUCAAAUUUAUGCCGAAAACAACACUCGUGCCAAAAAGUACGGACGGGUGCACUCGGCACUGGGAUCCCCUCGCGAUGGAAAUUCGUCUCAUCACCGCCGCCAUGACCAAGACAAGCCUCAGAUUUACGAGUCGAUUGAGGAUUAUCCCUGCUACCAGGAAAACAUCGAUAGCCACCGGCAGCUCAGGGGCGCAAUGCUACACAACAUGGCUGUCAAAGCUGCUGCGUUGGACGAGAAGGAACUGGAACUGAAGAAGGAGUAUAAGCAAUACUGGGAGGUGUGGACCAAGAAGAUCGAAAAGCUAGACAAGAUCAAGGAGAAGAUGUUGAACGCACCCCUGCCAGCAAACGUCCGCGAGGAAGACUUGGUCCAGAGCGAAAAUGUCCUGUUCACGACUCGAAAUCGACGUGGCGCCUAUAACAGUGAUGCUGUUAGGAGCGAGGCUGAGCUGUUAGAGAUCAUUCAGAGUCUGGAGAAUGCAGACAUGCGGAAUCCCGACCUGAGGGCCUCCCGAACUGCCGCCACAGUGCCGCCGAUGAUUUUGGACCCUUACAUCCGGGAGAAGGUCCAUUAUUUUGACCGCAACCAUCUGGUGACGGACCCCGCCAAGUUCUACCGCCUCGGUCCGGUCACGGAUAUAUGGACAGAAGAGGAACGGCAGACCUUUAUCAAACGCUAUCUCAACUUCCCAAAGCAGUUCGGCAAGAUUGCGGCGGGUAUCGAGAACAAAACCGCCUCCCAAUGUGUGCUGUUCUACUACCGCGAAAAGAAAAAGAUUGGGUUCAAGGAAAUGCUUUCGAACCGCGGCCGGAAACGCAAGACAGCAGCAGGCAAACGCAAGGAAAAGGUAACACAGCAACCGUCACCUUCUGGACAGCCAGGGAAGAAGCACAAGGGCAGUGCCCUGAUCGAAGAUAUCGGUCAGGCGAACAGGAAGAAGGCGAAGAGUAGGGAGGUUCGCGAUCUACAGGACAUGAGUCAGACGUGGGUUGAUUUUGAUACGGAGCUAGGCACUAGACGCCGCGUUCGAAGUGGUGCUGCCAAUCAACAUGCAGGAACCCCUGGCCUCGAGGAGACAAACAGCAAUGCGGCAAGCCCUGCGCCAUCGUCGACUGUUUCCACGCCUGUCAUUCCAGCACUCGAGCGCAGAAAGCCGAGAUCCAAGGCCACGAAUACCCGUUCCGCCGCCGCCGCAGGGGCUCCUAGCCCCAAGGCCUCAACAGAGGACGUGGUGGUCGAGGAGAAGAAGUCCAAGUUUGAGAAGGUCUCUCCUGUCUCAGCUCCUGCUAUUGACAAGACUGCGUCGAAAACAGAAGAAGCAGCGACCAAUACUGAAUUUCCCGCAGAUACUUCAGCAAUGGCAACGAAACAGAUCUCUCCGGCCCUACUUGGAUCUGUCGAAGAGAGCGGAGCCGCAGCAGAAACCUCACCUGUGCCUUCCGGAGGAAUCACUCGAUGGACAACCGCAGAACAUACUAAAUGUAUUGCAGCUCUGAAGAAGUACGGUCGCGAUUUCGAUGCUGUGGCGAACGCGGUGGGUACGAAGACCGUCGAUCAGUGCAGGAACUUUUGCUUCAACUACAAGCGGAAAUUUGGUGUUAGUGCACUGGACGACGCCAACAAUCUCGAGAUGGCCGACAUCGACGAGGCCGUUGAAGACAAGGAUGUUGAGACUGCGCCUGUUGAGAAAACUAGGACAAAGAAGGGCAAGGCUACCAACACUGCUGGAGCAUCUGUACCCGGUACACCCAACAGCACAAUUACCGGUAUCGCCAAGGAAGCGAGUGCAACACCGUCGAGUCGUCGUCGAGCAGGGAAACUAGUUACUCAAGAGAUCACUAAGGACGAGCCCUUGAAAGAACCAGUGGAGAUGACGAACAACGCGGAAGAGACAGAGAAUGUAACGGAUAAACGAAAAAGAAAGAAGGUGGUUCCCAAGAGCGAGGCUGGCGCUAAUUCAACGGAGGCGGCAUCCACUCCAACUGCCACAUCUUUCAGAGCCCUAUACUCGCGCGAGCCCCCCUCAGAGGUGAGCUCACCAUUUAUGCCUGCUUCCUCUCCAGCGGAUGAUGGUCAGCUCUCAGGCCAGGUGAAUAUGGACGGAGCAACACGCCGACCUAAUUUUUCAUCUUAUUGGUCCCGGCAAGAGAAGAUCGAUUUCGCAAGACUCUUGAGUGUUCACGGAAAGGACUGGGACAAAAUCUCGAAGGCCAUGAAGACAAAGACACUCAUUCAGGUCCGUAACCAUUAUAGCAACAACGCUGAGAAAUUGGCUGCGGAUGGCGUCAUUCCUAUGGAGCGCCCAGUCUCGCCCCUUGUCCCCUCAGUAGACGAUGGAGAGCCGCCUCUGGAUCACGGUCAAUCCUAUCAGCGAGUUCAGGAAGGAGGUUAUGUGGACCAGGCUUUGGGCGACCGAUCCGAAAUGUACGCCCCUGCAGGAUAUACCGCCCAGCAACGACCUCAUUCGCCUACUGGAGCAGGGCCAAGGACGGGGUAUUUUAUGCCUUCACCCCAAGGUGAUGACAGGGGCAACGUGCACCAAACAGAAGAGCUUCGACAGCCCACGCCGCCCAGACGUAUUACCAAUAUCGGCAACUUGCUCAACAACGAUGAUGAGGAUGUCCAUGUUGCAGUGGAAGACUGGUUUGGGAACGGUGAAGAAGGCAGCCGUGUUCAAUCUCCGGAGCGCGAUUUUGAGGUGGUUCAUCCACCGGCGCGUGAAUACUUGCAGAGACAGGAUCACAUUCAAAGACUGGAACCGAUGCAGAGGCAGCAUCACUAUGCGAAUGAACGUGCACGUAUGGAGGUUGAGGAUGUAGAGACAGAGGACGAGUUUGAGCCCGCGCGUCAUGGCUAUGGUCUCUAUGGAUCUGAAGCAGUUGACACCAUGGCGUCGAACCAGAGGCGCGCCUCAGAAGCAAGUGCUUCGACCAUGCGACACGGUUAUCCAUCCAAGGCGUCCAAUGGACCUGGUUAUUAUGACCACUCUCAUCAGCCAGUGCAUCCCUCUCAGCAGCAUCCUUCUCACCCUAACCCUGCGGUGCUUGGACCGCCCUACGGCGCUCAGCACUACUACGGCUCCUCUCAUGUCAGUAGCGGGUAUCGCUCACCCCCUCCGCCCAUCUCCUCUCCUUCUGGUGGCCUUACGUUGCAGCGGGUGGCAUCGCCGUCCAUGUCGAUGUCGCCUGCUCCUUCAGGAGCGGUCAUGCUGCCUUCGCACUACUCAUCCGCACAAGCACCUCAUCACCACUCGCAGCAUCAGAGGUCGAGCAGUAUUAGUCAUGUGGAGAUGAUACCGCGGUCCAAUCCUUCGCCACAGUCGAAUGUCCGUGCUCGAUCACCCAUGUCGCACCAGGGACCGUACUAUGCACAGCCACAACAGCAUCAUGGAUAUCCUCACCCACCGUCUCAUGCGCCCUAUCCGCCUUAUGCUCAGCACCAUAGCUCGCACCAGUCUGGUCAGAUCGAGGUCCUGUCCCCACACCCUCGACCUAUCCACGAGUCGUCCAUGACAUUGCAGCACUCGUCGUUGGCAACGUCUGCUGGAAGCCACGGUCACUCUCAUGGACACGGACACGGACACGGAUACGGACAUAGCCAUGGUCAUGGCCAUGGGCAUAGUCAUAGCCUUGGUCACAGCCAUUCCGGAUCGAUCUCGAGAUACAGUAGCUCGCCACAGUUACCUGGAUCAGGAGCUCUGAGAGGGUCGCCUGCACCUGGCGGUCCUUCCAACGGACCAGGAUCUCCAAUCCAUAUAGGCCACGGAGGACAUAUGCCGCCCCGUUAUUCUCCUAUCCCGAUUUCAGCUGUCUCCUCUGCGUCCGGUAUGCCCAGUCUUGUCGGGCCAGUCAUGUCUCCUCGCAUGUCAGAGCCACCUGUGCACCACUCUCAGCAUCUCCAGUACCAGCAACAUGUGCGAAGGUCCUCGAGUCCCUUCCAGCACCAUAUCCCUGGCCAGGUACCAUCACCAUCGUACCUUCAGCCCCCACCAGGAGUGCACACGUCUUCAGGACCAAAACAUCAACCAUCGUCGUUUUCAUAUGGUCCUUCAACGUCUGCGUCGAUGUUGCCACCACCCCCAGCUUCUACAGGCUAUCACCCUGGUCACUCGCAGCCUUCAUAUGGACAUUCACAGCACUCGGCACCAUCCUAUGGGCCCCCACCACCUCAUCAUCAUUCUCAGCAAUCCAGGCGUCACCACCCUCAUCAAUAACGGCACGCUUCUAUGUCAUUUCUAGCUGUGUUCAUUUGUAUUGUAGUCCCUUUGCAAUGUAAUUUAUUCGUUUCCUCAUUAUCCCUAAACAUAAUAAUAUCGCUGAUAAUCUUUUUUUUUAUUUUAUUUUUUAU